CUGCUCCUCAGCGUUCGCUUAUGACGGCACUAGGACCCAGGGAAGUCCCUGAGCGAGGUUCGCAGAAAGGCAGCCAGACUCCUCCUUAUCUCCAGUGUCAAACUUGACAUCAGCCUGCGAGCGGAGCAUGGUAACUUCUCCAGCAAUCAGAGCGCUCCCCCUCACAUCAGUGGCAUGCUUCAUGGAGAUAUGCUCCUCUCACUGCCCUCUGCACCAGCAACAUGGAUUGUCACCUCUCCAUCCUCCUCCUUCUCAGCAGCUCUAUUCUCAACUGCUUCGGGGAACUGACUCUCCAGCCUUCCAAUGAAGUCAAUCUGCUGGAUUCAAAAACAAUUCAAGGGGAGCUGGGCUGGAUCUCUUACCCAUCACAUGGGUGGGAAGAAAUCAGUGGUGUUGAUGAACAUUACACACCCAUCAGGACUUACCAGGUGUGCAAUGUCAUGGAUCAUAGUCAAAAUAAUUGGCUGAGGACAAACUGGGUCCCCAGGAACUCAGCUCAGAAGAUUUAUGUAGAGCUCAAGUUCACUCUACGGGACUGCAACAGCAUUCCAUUGGUUUUGGGAACUUGCAAGGAGACUUUCAACCUGUACUACAUGGAGUCCGACGAUGACCACGGGGUCAAGUUCCGAGAGCAUCAGUUCGCAAAGAUUGACACGAUUGCAGCCGAUGAAAGUUUCACUCAAAUGGACCUCGGGGACCGUAUUCUGAAGCUUAAUACUGAGGUUAGAGAAGUGGGUCCUGUCAACAAAAAGGGAUUUUAUCUGGCUUUUCAAGAUGUCGGCGCUUGUGUUGCCUUGGUGUCUGUGAGGGUAUACUUCAAAAAGUGCCCGUUUACGGUGAAGAAUCUGGCUAUGUUUCCAGACACGGUGCCCAUGGAUUCCCAAUCCCUGGUGGAGGUUAGAGGUUCUUGUGUUAACAAUUCUAAGGAGGAAGACCCUCCCAGGAUGUAUUGCAGUACGGAAGGAGAAUGGCUUGUACCCAUUGGCAAGUGCUCGUGCAAUGCCGGCUAUGAAGAAAGAGGUUUUACGUGUCAAGCUUGUCAACCGGGUUUCUACAAGGCUUCAGAUGGCAAUACGAAGUGCACCAAGUGCCCACCUCACAGUUCUACUCAUGACGAUGGUUCAGUGAACUGCAGGUGUGAGAAUAAUUACUUCCGAGCAGACAAAGACCCUCCAUCCAUGGCUUGUACCCGACCUCCAUCUGCACCAAGGAACGUUAUCUCUAAUAUAAAUGAGACCUCAGUUAUCUUGGACUGGAGUUGGCCCCUGGACACAGGAGGCCGGAAAGAUGUUACCUUCAACAUCAUAUGUAAAAAAUGUGGGUGGAAUGUAAAACAUUGUGAGCCAUGCAGCCCAAAUGUUCGCUUCCUCCCUCGACAGUUUGGACUCACCAACACCACAGUGACAGUGACAGACCUGCUGGCACACACUAACUAUACCUUUGAGAUUGAUGCCAUUAAUGGGGUGUCAGAGCUGAGCUCACCACCAAGACAGUUUGCUGCAGUCAGCAUCACAACUAAUCAGGCUGCUCCAUCACCUGUCAUGACAAUUAAGAAGGAUCGUACAUCCAGAAAUAGUAUCUCCUUAUCCUGGCAAGAACCCGAACACCCUAAUGGGAUCAUAUUGGACUACGAGGUCAAAUACUAUGAAAAGCAGGAACAAGAGACAAGUUACACUAUUCUGAGGGCAAGAGGCACGAAUGUUACCAUCAGUAGCCUCAAGCCUGACACUACAUAUGUAUUCCAAAUCCGAGCCCGAACCGCAGCUGGAUACGGGACCAACAGCCGCAAGUUUGAGUUUGAAACUAGUCCAGACUCUUUCUCUAUCUCUGGUGAAAAUAGCCAAGUAGUAAUGAUUGCCAUUUCAGCGGCAGUAGCAAUUAUUCUCCUCACAGUCGUCACCUACGUUUUGAUUGGGAGGUUCUGUGGCUAUAACAAGUCAAAACAUGGUCCAGAUGAAAAAAGACUUCAUUUUGGGAAUGGACAUUUAAAACUUCCAGGUCUCAGGACUUACGUUGACCCCCACACAUAUGAAGACCCUACCCAAGCAGUUCAUGAGUUUGCUAAGGAAUUGGACGCCACCAACAUAUCCAUUGACAAAGUUGUUGGAGCAGGUGAAUUUGGGGAGGUGUGCAGUGGUCGCUUAAAGCUUCCAUCCAAAAAAGAGAUUUCAGUAGCCAUCAAGACACUGAAAGUAGGCUAUACUGAAAAGCAAAGGAGAGAUUUCCUGGGAGAAGCAAGCAUUAUGGGACAAUUUGACCAUCCCAAUAUCAUUCGAUUGGAGGGAGUUGUCACUAAAAGUAAACCAGUUAUGAUUGUUACAGAAUACAUGGAAAAUGGUUCCUUGGACAGUUUCUUACGCAAACAUGAUGCCCAAUUUACAGUCAUCCAGCUGGUGGGGAUGCUUCGGGGGAUAGCAUCUGGCAUGAAGUACCUCUCAGAUAUGGGCUAUGUUCACCGAGACCUCGCUGCUAGGAACAUUUUGAUCAACAGCAAUUUGGUGUGUAAGGUUUCUGAUUUUGGACUUUCACGCGUUCUAGAAGAUGACCCAGAAGCUGCUUACACAACAAGAGGAGGAAAGAUCCCCAUCCGGUGGACGUCACCGGAAGCUAUAGCCUACCGCAAAUUCACGUCAGCCAGCGAUGUAUGGAGUUAUGGGAUUGUUCUCUGGGAGGUGAUGUCCUAUGGAGAGAGACCAUACUGGGAAAUGUCCAAUCAGGAUGUAAUUAAAGCUGUGGACGAGGGCUACCGACUGCCACCCCCAAUGGACUGCCCAGCUGCGUUGUACCAGCUGAUGCUGGAUUGCUGGCAGAAAGACAGAAACAACAGACCCAAGUUUGAGCAGAUUGUCAGCAUUCUGGACAAGCUAAUCCGGAACCCAGGCAGUCUGAAGAUCAUCACCAGUGCGGCAGCAAGGCCAUCAAACCUUCUUCUGGACCAAAGCAAUGUCGACAUCACUACCUUCCGUACAACAGGUGACUGGCUUAAUGGUGUCCGGACAGCACAGUGCAAGGAAAUUUUCACAGGCGUGGAAUACAGUUCUUGUGACACCAUAGCCAAGAUUUCCACAGAUGACAUGAAAAAGGUUGGUGUCACUGUGGUUGGACCACAGAAGAAGAUCAUUAGUAGCAUUAAAGCUCUAGAAACACAAUCAAAGAAUGGUCCAGUUCCAGUGUAAAGUGCUACUUUUGGAAGGAAAUGGUGGCUGUAGAAGACAUAGCAUCACUCUGCAGACAGAUGAUAAUGCUGGAAAUACUGUUGGAAUUUCCAAGCCCAAUAAGAUACUCAGAUAUGAGUACAAAUGCCUUAAAAUGGAAUUAAAAACUCUUUAUUUUCCCUUGUCAUUUAGUGGAUGGGUGAGUGGGUGUAUUUUGUUUUGUAAUUGAUUUUUAUAUUAGUUUAUGGAUUAAAUUAAAAUGUUUCAGCACGAAAUGAUGAAAAACUAGCAUAGAACCAUUGAAUAUCUUCUGACUAUGAAAAAAACAAACACGUGAAUAACAAAGCGAAUAUGGUGGCUCUGUUUGCUAAUAGCCACAAAAGGAAAGACUUGUGAUAUUUUUAUACACAAAAGAAAUCUGUAACUGGUAUUUUUUUCUUUAAAAGCAAGCAAAACAGAGGAAUUUAUACCUCAAACUAUCUGGCCAUACUUACUACCUUUUCAUUGUAUUAUUCUCUUUUAUCUGUUAAAAGCAUAUAGAAAGGAAGACUGUAGUUGUUUUAAGUACUACACAUUUUUCAUUGUUAGCUUCCUUAAGUAUUAUCGUGUAAAAAAAUCUUAAUUUUGAAGAAAAAUACAUAUUUAUUUUCUUUUGAAUUGUUUUUGUUUUCUAUUUAUGCCUUGAUGAUUUAAUUUAGAUUUGUUACAGCCAAGUGCCAAAUGCCCUCACAAAUUGUCAGCAGUAGGAAACAUGGUAAACUAGACAUAGAGAAUGAUGGACUUUUUUCCAGAUUUUUGAGCCAUCUACUUAUAUGUAUCACUAUCUAUAUGUAUAAAAAGAAAGAAACCAAACUCAAAAAUCUCUCAUUGUCUAAAUUAUCUUAUCCAUUUUUGUCUCUUCAUUUGUUAUAAACUGUAUGCUCCUAAUUUAGUGUAAUAUACUGGCUUGUAUGUAAUGGAUUCUCAAUGACAUACCUGCCCUACAAUGAUACUUAGGAAACCAUUAACUCCAUCUAUUGGUAAAGAAGCUAUAUUAGAGCUCUUAAAUAGAAAGUAGCUACCCCGGAAAGAAUUUAAAUUUUAUUUAGAUGGCUGCAUUAAUUGGCAACACAGCCUAUAGACCAAUGCAUGAGUCAAAAAAUCACUUGCUGACUGGCUUUGAAAUAUCACUCAAUAUCUUUGCUUAAAAUUGUUGAGCUGUUUUUAGGGAAUGAUGAUAACUCAACUAGUCAUCUGUAUCACUGAGAUUUAGUUAAUUUAACAUUAUGAUCAUUAAUAGCAGGUAUUAUCUCAAAGAGUCUUCCACUGAAAUGCACCUGUUGUAAUUUUGGUGUAUAGCUUAGAAGCAUUUACUGAGCACAUAAUUUUCAAAACAGAUGGUUAUCUAGCAAAUGAUUCAAAAUCUGUAAACAGUGGAGAGAUCUCUCAUUGCAGGAACUUAGACUUACUAUUCCAUAAAGGUCAAAUAGGCACAUACUCAGUAAUAUUUGAAAAGAUGUACCUGGUGGAGAUCUAGCCACUAAUAUAUUGUGAAGCAACAUUUUAGCUCUAUCUAUAUUUCUUCUAAUGCUGAUAUGAUCAUGUUAUGGAAAAAGAAAUGCAUACGUCACAAGAAUAGAAUGAAUAAAACAGUGCUGCAAAAUUUAUGUUCUCAUGCAAAAUGGAACAUUAUAUAGCUUACAAUCACAGAUCAAAAUUCACAAGUGCUUAUCUGUUAUAAAUUUAGUGUCAUAAUGCUUAGGUUGUGAUCCUUCAUAUAUGAGAUUAUUUCUUAAAUUUGGCAAUAUUCCUUAUAACCAAAUCAUCCAACUACAAUUUUGUAUUGGAUGUAUAAGAGCAUGAAUUUUUUUAAAAAGAUAUAUGUAAUUAUGAAAUUAACUACAAAUUUUACAUAAACCAACUAGAAGCAGCUAAAAAACAUUUUUGAUCAAAUAUUUUGUUGUAAAAUGUUAGAUUGAGAUCUGAGUCUGGCUUGAGUCUCGUUUUAUCCCACACUAGCAUUUACUUUUGUAGAUACUAUUCCAAACAUACUCAAAAAAAUCUGUGCAUUUCAUGAACUAAUAGAAAUCAAGAAUUAUUGAAUCUUUUUUCACUUAAUUCGGCUGUCGUGUCCAUUUCAAAGUAGAGAUUGUAUACACAGUAUAUUGCUUUUCGUUUUUCACUAUUUUUCUAUCUGACCUCUUAUAAAAUUACUUUACACAAUUCUUACCCUGUACAUAUGUAAACAUAACAGUGUACGAUUCUUAACUGUGGAGUAGAGGUACUAGAAUGCUUAUGGCCAUCUCUUUGUACAGGAACUGCAUUGAUUUUCAAUAAACAUGAAACCACAUCUCCUUCAUAACGUUAUGUACCAUAUUAUUGUUUUGUAUCUUAUAUUUGGUUUACAUAUAUUAUUUAUUUCUGGUAACUUGCCCAGAUUUUCUGUCCUAAGUAGCAAUUAAACCAUGUAUAAAUGUGAUAUGAUUGGCAAUAUGUAUUUACUUUAAACUUGUAUUUUCAAAACAUUACUCAUCUAGUUUAUGUUGUACAAUGUAGAUGGCCUCUUACUAAUGUAAAAUGAUUUGUAGUGGAAACAUUUAUAUUUUUAUAAUAAACAUAAUGAAAAUAUUUUUUACAGAUUGGAA